AUGGCUGGCUUCAUUUGCCGCGAAAUCACGGCUCAUGGAGAUUAUGCAGAUGGCCUGGCCAGCCCCGUUCAAGGUCUCUUCUACAGCGCAACCCCUAUCUUCACUAUCCCGCUAUACAUAUUUCUGAUCCGCCUGUUCGUCACAGCUCCAACACCUGCCUGGCUUCGUCCACAGCUGUAUAUCAUCAUCCUAACAUGUUUCAAUUCGGCCGUCAUCACAUGCACGGCGCAAGGAGCCGCGACGUACUUUAGCCCAGACCAGAAAGACGGUGCAAUCAAAUCGGGCCUUGCACUUAUCAAAGCCAGCCUCAUUCUUCAGCUGUUUAUGAACGCUGCAUUCAUCUAUAUUCUCUGGGUAUCACGGAACCAGCAACAGACUCGCGAACGCACCAUCGCGACGGUGGUUCUCUUGGCCUUGAUGUGUCUUGUCAUCGUCCGCAAUUUGUUCCGCACCGUCCAGAUUUUCGCAUCCCCUUUGUCUCAGCUGUGGGUGAAGGAAGUCUACUUUUGGAUUUUUGAAGCAUGUAUCAUGCUGGCUUUUACCACAUUGUUUCAUGUUAUGCAUCCCGCGAAGAUCCUGAGAAUAAGCUGCGGUGAGGAUACCAGCGGGAGACGGGAUAGCUAG